ACAACACAAACGGUUUCGAGUGUCGCGGACCAGUGCACCGACACGUUUUGAGCCUAAUUCCAAUUUCCACACGCGGCGGUCGCACGCAACCGGCCACCGACGGAGGGCGCCAUCAGCACCACCGUGAAAUCGGCGGAGGAGAAGCUGGGCUCGGCCAAUAAAUGGCAGGUCUGGGUGAUCAUUUUAGUCGUGCUCCUUCUACUUUGCGAAGGAGAACUUCCUCCUCCGGCGUGAGUUUCCCUUAAAUUCCGCCACAAUUUCCUCACCGAUUUUGUCGAUUCUCUAGCUUCUGGUUUUCAGGCGUCAAGAUCCGUUUUUUGUUCCGUCUUUCUUUAGAGAACAAAAAUCAUCUUCUUUGCGUGCUCCGGUUCGAAGUUUGUACUCUGAUGCAUAGAGAUGGAAUUUUGGGCAUUUUGUGAUCUUGUUCCGUGUCACAUUUCGGAGUGGUUGUUGUUUGAGGGGUGCUGAAGUAAUUAGGGUUUCUUUCUUCGUCUAGAGUCUGGAACCAUGUCCAAGUUUUGAUCUGGUGGAUGUGGUGUUGGAAUCCCUGAAUAAGGUCGGAAACGCUCAGUAGUGGCUGCCGGCGUCAUCCAUUAGAGGUAGAUGGAGAAGGCGAGUGGUAAACCUCUGCAGCCGUGUGUGUGCCUCCUCGCCAGCCUCUGCGUCUUUUUCUGGGCUUUCAUCUUCUAUUUCCAUUUCCAAGUGCUCAGUAGCAGCAGUAGCACCUCCAACCCGGCCCAGCAAUCCUUUUCCUUAUUCUCAAUUUCGAUCAAUCCCCGACAACGACAAGAAAUUGCAACUGACAGCACCCUACCUGGUGAAUUACUUGCUCCCCGUUCAUCUCAAUUGGGGCCUCCGCUGCUGCCCGAACCCAAGCCAUCGAUCCACCGUCGAGGAUGGCCCAAAUCGAAGCCAUCGGCCAGCCCUUCAGUGCCGCAGAAGCCCUUCUUCCCCUUCACGGAUGCUCUGAAGAUGCUCGACAACAAGAGCGACCCCUGCGGUGGGCGGUACAUCUAUGUCCACGACCUCCCUCCGCGGUUCAAUGAUGACAUGAUCAGGGACUGUAGAAAGCUGAGUCUUUGGACGAACAUGUGCAAGUUCACCACCAAUGCUGGCCUCGGGCCGCCCCUGGAAAACACCGAGGGCGUCUUCUCCGACACCGGGUGGUAUGCAACAAACCAAUUCGCCGUCGACGUCGUCUUCAACAACCGGAUGAAAAGGUACGAGUGCUUGACCAAUGACUCAUCAAUCGCGGCCGCCAUCUUUGUGCCGUUCUAUGCUGGCUUCGACAUCUCGCGCUACCUUUGGGGCUACAACACCUCGGUGAGAGACGCUGCGUCACUCGAUUUGGUCGACUGGCUCAUGAAGCGGCCAGAGUGGAGCGUGAUGGGUGGGAGAGACCAUUUCUUGGUGGCAGGGAGGAUUACUUGGGACUUCAGGAGGCUGACGGAUUUGGACUCAGAUUGGGGAAGCAAGCUCUUGUUCUUGCCGGCCGCCAAGAACAUGUCUAUGCUGGUGGUGGAGUCGAGUCCAUGGAACUCCAAUGAUUUCGCAAUCCCUUAUCCCACCUAUUUCCACCCUGCAAAUGAUGCUGAUGUCUUUGCCUGGCAGGACCGUAUGAGGAAGCUGAAGAGGAAGCAUCUAUUCUCCUUCGCAGGAGCUCCUCGCCCUGGCAGCUCCAAGUCAAUUAGAGGCCAGAUCAUAGAGCAGUGCAAGAAUUCCAAGGUUUGCAAGUUGCUGGAGUGUGACUUGGGAGAGAGCAAGUGCCAUUCCCCCAGCACCAUAAUGCAAAUGUUCCAGAGCUCUUUGUUCUGCUUGCAACCGCAGGGUGACUCAUAUACAAGGAGAUCAGCUUUUGAUUCGAUCUUGGCAGGUUGCAUACCAGUUUUCUUUCAUCCUGGAUCGGCAUAUGUCCAAUACACUUGGCAUCUUCCGCGAAACUUCUCCACCUACUCGGUGUUCAUUCCUGAGGAUGAUAUCAGAAAGAGAAAUGUCAGUAUUGAAGAAAGACUGAAGCAAAUUCAUCCUGAUGUUGUUAAGGUGAUGAGGGAGCAGGUCAUAGGUCUCAUACCCAGGGUCAUUUAUGCAGAUCCUCGGUCUAAACUGGAGACGCUGAACGAUGCCUUCGAUGUGGCAGUGCAAGCAAUGAUCGACAAAGUUAUGAAGUUAAGAAGGGACAUAAUAGACAAAACCGAAGAUAAAGACUUCAUCGAGGAAAAUAGUUGGAAGUAUGCUCUGUUGGAAGGACAGAGGAGAGUUGGGGCACACGAAUGGGAUCCUUUCUUCUCUAAGUCCAAAGAUACCAAUGCUGUUUCUAAUAGUUCGUCUGCUGAAGCUGCUAAGAAUUCUUGGAAGAUCGAACAAAGGGAUCAAUCUUGAUCUAAAUGCAAUGUUCAGUUGGAUUAAACACUCCAACUUAAAAUUAGUGACUUAUGCAAUGAGAUUAGCUGAUUCUGAGGCUACUUGGCACCACAUCAUGUUAAUUUUAAGGAGCUUGUAAGUCUUGACUACCCUUUCUUCCACAGAUAUAGAAGGUAGCAGGAGUUCUAUCUUUGUUAUGUUAAUACUUUUUUGUUUCAAUGGUACAUUUUCUUUCUUGUUUA